CAAGAUUGAUGUGAAUUUACAAACCGUUCAAACGUAUGGUUUGUAAAUGGCUUUCAAAAUUCAAAAUUUACAUCUAAUCAAUAAUCCCUGCAAAUUUAAAUAAUAAUUGAAAUAAGAAAAAAAUGUCAGCUUUAAUCGUAGCACAUGAUCUUCACAUAAUGAUGGUGGAACUUUCCGUGGAAAAAGUUAGUCACACCUUCAUGCUUUACGUGCCAAGAACAAGUGUUUUUGACAGCGCUUUGAUGAAAAAGACGAGGGUUAUGUUCCGGAUGUUGGACGACGAGUGGAUGGCAUUGUACCCACAUCGUAGUGAUUAUCGGCCAUAUCGGGGAUCAAAUUAUGAAAGUGAGCCCUUUUAUGGUGGAAAAUCGAUCGUAUUUUCAAUCCCCGAAGCGAGCUUGCAGAAAAGGAUGACAAAUGUCGACCUACAGAUGCACAUAAUCAAAGAAGUUUCCAGAUAUUUCGAGAUGCAUCCUUCGCAGAAUGUAGGUUUCGUGAUCGUUAAGCUUGACAAGUUGUUCAAUGGUAUUAUAAAGGAAUUGAGAGAGCGGAAAGAGCUUGCUCCGUAUCUGAAUUUUCACGAACGAGAACCUAUUUCCAGAUCAAUGAAAGAAACAUUUCCGGUCCUCAACGAUAACUCCGAGGAAACCGGAUCUAAAAUUAACCUUUAUGUACGCAUAAGCUACUUUGGAAAAUCCAUUAUAACGGAAAUAGCGACACCGGAAGCCGUAGCGGAAACCUUCUACGUUCAGGAAGAGACUAAUGAGAUGUAUCCUUAUCAAUGUCGCGAAUUGAAACCCGAAGAAAUUGAAUGUGGUUUUUGGGAAAGUGUUACUGUUAUCCCACCAACGAAACCCCAGAACCUCAAAUGCGAUUGUCAAAAUGAAAAGACUAAGGAAUUGCUUGAAAUGCAAAGAAACGCUGAUAAUAAAAAUGAGGAUGUCCCGACGAAGGAUGCAGGUACUAUAAAGGAAACAAAAGAUGAUGAUAAAGAAAAAGAAGAAGAAAACGGAACGGACAAAGGAAAAAUUAAUGAAAAAGGAAAACGCAGAGGAAAGAUUAAAAGUAAAGUUUCUGAUGAGGAUGACCAAAUUAGGAAUGACAAUACCGAAAUGAGUGAUUUCAGCAACGAUGAAAAAAAAAAGGAAAAGGGAAAUAAAGAAAAGGACGGGGCUGGUAAAGAAAAACUAAAAGAUGAUAACGGAAAGGGAAAGGAAGAUAAAGGAAAGGUGGAUAAACAAAAAGGAAAUGAAAAUGAAAAAAGAAAGGAUGAAGGAAAACGAAAUGAAGAAAAGAAGCAAAUAGAAGAUCGAAGAAAACCAAAAGAUGAAGCAAACGGAAGAAAAGAAACAAGUUUAUUUGACCCAGAAAGAAUCAGAAGAUUAAGAAGACGUCAUGCUGGUCCUUGUACAGUAGGAAUCUCAGGAAAAAAACUUACAUGUCUUCCUGCCCCACUCUCGGAACAUAAAAAAUACUGUCCUAAUCUAAUACUAACACCUUGUAUAGUACCAUCUUGUCAAUUGUCGCCUUGUCCACUCCCAUUUUGUUGUCCUCCCAUAAAUUGUAAUCUUUGUCAAGAAAGCUCUACAUUCGGGUGUUGUUGAAUGUAAUUAAUGUCUGUAAACAAGCUAACACAUGAACACACCUUGAAAAAUAAAAAUAAAUAAACUAAA